AUGGAAAAGAGUGCAGUCCUCACCCUGCGCCCAAACCCUGCCUCUUUCCCUGUGUUGGUUCUGCCGCUCGCUCAGCCAUCGCUUAACCAGCGCGACUUGCUAACCCAGCUGAAAUCUUCCAUGAUGGCCACAGCUCGGCCGCUCGCACAGCUGCGCCAAAGGCACGCUGACACCACAAGCACGGCCAGCGCAGGCCGCACGCACCGGGAGCUCACGGAAGAGUGUUCAGAGUUUUCCCAGAGGUCCUGUGAAGAAUGUCUAAAAAAUGUUUCGUGCCUUUGGUGUUACACCAACAACACUUGUAUUGAUUACCCUGUAAGAAGCAUUCUUCCACCAUCUUCAUUAUGUUCACUCUCAAAUGCUCAAUGGGGAGUUUGCUGGAUAAACGUUGAGGCUUUAAUUAUUGCCAUAGCUGUAGUAGCUGGACUCAUUCUGGUGUCCAUAGCAAUCUGUUGCUGUUACUGCUGUUACUGCAGAAGGCGUUCCAGGAGUAGAUCAGAUGAAGAAGAAGAACGGCUAGCUAGAAAGAGAGAGGAACGAAGAUUACAAUCUCUUCAGAGGAAACAUGAAAGAAAACUGAAGCAUGAUGAAAUACGUAAGAAGUAUGGUCUUCUCCAGGAUUCUGAUAAUCCAUACAGCAGAUUUGAGAAUGAAUAAAGCUGAGCACCUUCCACUAGAGCUGUAACUCCAGAAUACAGGAAGAUAGUUUGUUUUCAUUUGCCCUUUGGGCUCUCUUUUUUCCCCAAAGGUUUCUUUUCCUGGUUGUAAAACUAGGAGUGGAUAAAGACUUCAUGAAAUACGUGUUUCUAUGUUCUAUCUAUAUAGAGCUAAUUUUUUAUAAAUGCUUUUGGUUGUUGAAAUGUUUGCUGACUUUUUUUAUGGUGACAUUUAAGUGUGAAAUACUCUUUCCUCUGCUUAAAACUGUAUUUUAUUACUUGAUGUAGAUGGCUAAUAGUCACAAUCAUGUGUUUGAAUUCAGUCUUAACUGCCACUUAAACAGUUGUUCCCAUGUUCCUAAAUAAAGAUUUUUCCCUACUAUAUCUUUUUUCUUAGAAAAAUAAAAGGCAACAUGGAAGCACAGCUUCACACAGCAGAAAUAGCUGAUGUUGGUAUUGAUGAGAAAAUACACCAGGCCCAUUCUUAUGUACCACCAUUAUGUGAGAAUUGGGUGGAGUUUUUUCCCCCUCUGGAAAAAGAUCUUCAAGAGUGUAAUGUCUAAGGGUUGAGAGAGGGAAGCAUGUUUGUCUUUGAAUAAUUCAAACUCAGUUUUGGAAAUGUUAAUAUGUACUUUUGAUGUAUUACUGAUGUUAAAAAGAAAUUACUUCAGUUAGCAAAAUUGAAGAAAGUCGUUCUUGAAAUAAACAGUUAUGUGUGCCUAAAUUUAAGAAGAAACAUCAGCCUGUGAACACUUUGUUCUGUAAGCUUAAUGUAUAACUAACAAACCACCACCCCACCCCACCCCCCAAAAAAAAGAUUCUGCAGUUUACCAGGGCUGACCCUGGUCUGCAGCUAAGCACCACCCAGCUGCUUGCUUCCUCCCUCCUUGCAGUGGGAUGAGGGAGAGAAUGGG